CAGUUGCGUCGUCUUGUGUUCGCAAACUUGUAUACUUAGGCGAGUGAGUAAGGCGCGACCCCGGCGCGCCCCGGCGCGAGGUUGCCAUCAGACCGUCCAUGUGAACCUUGCUAUCAUCAAUGGACGAUUGCGUGUGAUUGGAGCUCUCACACUUUCGGGGACACCUGAUGGCCCUGAUGGCGUCAAUCCGUCGAUAUUUGGUUUUUGACUUGUGAAGUUACAGCCACGACCGGUUCGCGAGUAAGGUCUAAUUAUUUCUGGGCAAGCACCGGAUACUGAAUAUACACACAACAACAGCGUAAGACAUGUGAUUCAAGGUCAAGGGGAUGUUUAUGCCCUUUUCGAGGCGUCCAAGGCUGAACAUUACUUGGCGCUAGCCUUAUCAUACGUACGAAGAUGCGGUAGUUACGAGAAUGGCUUUGAAAUAGCAGCGCCUUCACCAUGCUCGGCCGGGCGUCUAAGCCGCGAUUCCAGCAACUACACCUAUUUUGCCUAAUCGCUGUAUCUCUAGGACAAUGUGUAUGUGACCGUGACGUCGAUGCGGGCACUUUGACCUUUGCCGUGGAGGACCGCCGCUUCGCGGCAUACUUUCGUGCAGCCACAUUUCAGGAGGCAGUAGCAACAUGCAGCACGACGGCACUGCUGGGGAUUGGCGUGGCUGGCGCUCUUGUUCCUGUGUCGAUGCUUGGCCAUGUUGCUAGCUUGCUCAAGGCAGAGCAGCCACAAACGGCGCAGGCGCUGUGGGUGGCCCCGGCGGAGGCAGCGGCGGGUGCCAGCGGACAACUCCAGUGGGCCGUGUGGACGUGGGACGAGUACCGGGUCUGCCGCGCCGCCAAGCUAUUGCCCACCGGCAGCAGUAGCAGUGGCGGCAGCAGUGGCGAUGGCGGCAGUAGCAGUGGCGGCAGCGGUGCCGGGCCGGACCUUGCGCUGGUGACAACGGACCGGCCCUGCAGCUGGCGCCUGGCGUACGUGUGCGCGGAGGAGCAGGCGGUGGUGCUGGCGGCGGGGCUGUCGUCCUCGUCUGCCUGGUACCGCCGCCACUUUGCGCCUGGGGCCGCGGCGCCGCUGCUGCCAAGCCCCUACGCCGCCGCCUCUGCUGCUGCUGGGCUUGCUGGCGCUAGCAGCAGCAGUGAGGGCAGCAGCAGCCUAGCCGGGCUGGCGCUGUACCGGAGCAGCUUCGUGGCGGGCGGGCCGCUGGGGGAGGUUUACUGGCCGGACUAUGUAUCCUACAACGGCGGGUCGCCGCGUGUAGUGGCUCCGUUUCCCCUGACGGCGGAGGUGGAGGACGGCGCAGACCGCUUCUGGCGGCUGGGGCCCGUCGUGAGCGCGAUGUACAGGGGCGGCAGCCGGCGGCUGACGGCGCUGCGGCUGGUGCGCGAGGGGGAGGCGGCGGAUGUGUGGGCGGCGUACCAGGGGCAGAGCUCCGGUGCGGGCCUGCCGCCGCCGCUCGGCGAUGAGUUCGUGCUGGGGGACCGCGUGCCGGACUAUGACUCUGGCCCCGGCUACGAGACGUACAACGUGGGGCCCUACAACGACUACAUUGUGGCGGUGGAGGGCUGCUUCCGCGCGAGCGAGGUGGAGGGCCUGACGCUGCUCAGCCGCAGCGGCCGCCGCCUGCAGCUGGGCCGGGGCGGCUGCAGCAACUGGUUCAGGGAGGACGCGCCGCCCGGCGGCUACCUGGCGGGAGCCUGGUCCAGCUUCCUCAACGCCUCAGCCUGGGACCGGUACCUGUCCGAAACGUUGAACCAAGGUCACCUGCAGAAUCAGGAUUUGCCGUGGCUGCAACAGCUGUCUUUUAUUUGGGUGGCCCCCGCCGGCUCGCUGCCGCCCGCGUCUGUGUUGCGCCGCCCACCGGUCUUGGACCCAGGGGCGCAACCGCCACCGGCGUGCGCCUUGGCCUUGCCGAUGUCGGGCAGGGUGUUCGGCACCUCCUUCGACGGCUGCAUCGAGUUGUACCGCAGCAGCCGCACGUGCAGCUCAAACACAUGUUGCAACCGUGACACGCAGGCUGAGGCCCUUGGAGUGAUCAGUGGAUCAACGCCCUCCGGGCGCUGCGCCGUCAGCGUGGCUGCAUGCCAGACCGAGUGCGCGCCUUCCUCCGGCCUGUGCGGCGCAAUCCCCGAGGCUAGCGCGCUCCACUUCCUGACAGACGCGCCGCGCGGCCAGCAGCUUCAAUCUUUCAACGGCUCGCUGCCACCGCUGGCCUCCUACUAUGUCAACCGGGAAGACGUUAUGACGUACGCCGACGCCGUACAGUACUGCGCGAGCAGUUCGUACAUGGGCGCGGACUGGGAGGUGGUCAAGGUGCAGGACGUAUUCAAUUGGGCUGCCAGCGCCUGGACUCGAAGGGGCGCGCACGUGGCCGUUUCGGCCCUGGGCUACAUCUGGGUAGCCCCGUCGCCCCUGCUGGCGGCUGCUGGCUCAGCGGCACAGCAGCCCUCGGCAUCCAGCUGCAUGCGGGUUGCGUUCGGCCUGCCCGAUGGCCUGGACUCGCCGUCGUCAACCGACAGCCACACUGUGGCGGUGGGAGACUGUGAGGCGCAGGCGGCGGUGGUGUGCCGGGCCGUGGCCAAGCCACUCAGUGCCUCUGCCGCCGCUGCGGCUGCGGCUGCGGCUGCUGUGCAUACGGCAGAGGCUGCAGCAGCAGAUGCCGACACGAGCACCACCGGCGGCCUUGAGAGUGUGGACGUGAGCAGCACGUACCCGCCGGCGUCCGCAGUGCUGGGCGGCGGCAGCAGCUUGGGGGACCGGGGGCUGAUCAGCCCUGCAGCGGCAGCGGCGGUGUGGGUGCCGGGACCGCACAUGUUUGUUGUGAGCAUCAAGGGAUUUGGUGGUGGGCCCUACAUCAGCAUCGACAAUGACGGCAUGACAGCGACUGAGAACUCGGUUUUAAAAAAACGGGAUUGCAGCUCUGGCAUUGGUAGCAUCCGUGGUAGCACUAGCGGCAGCAGCCCUGCGGCGCAACCCAGCAGCAGCACAGGUGCAAUCGCAGGCCAGCGGGCAACUGCGGUCGUGACUAUGCUGCAGCCCAUCACAGCCUUCUCGGUCAGUGUUGCCGUGCAGCUCACGAACGAGACCGACAGUGUGGCAGUGCUGUCUGCUGUGCGGCUGAGGCUGGGCACUGGCGGCAGCUGGCAGAGCAUGGGGCUGGUCAGCAGCGGCGGCUGGGAGACGUUCCAGCUGGCCCCCGGGGAGGUGGUGGUGGCGGUGAGUGGCUGCACGGGCGGGUUCGUGGAGCGGCUGGUGUUCCACACCAACACCGGUCGGCGCUGGACGCAUGCGCUACUGGGGGCUGCUGCGGCGUGCAGUGUGCCGUUCCUGGACUCGGCCCCGCAGCAGCCCGCGGCGGGCGGUGGUGGUGGUGGCGGCGGCGGCUACCUGGUGGGAAUGCAGGGCUCAUUUGGCCAGUACAUAAGCUCUCUGCAACUUACGUGGGGCGUACCAAUGGGCAGCACCUCUGGCGGCGGCGACUCUGCCAGCAUGACCGCUCCGCCGAGCCCCAGGCCAGCGCCGCCACCAGCACCUCCUGUGGGGGCCGCCGGCAGCGACAACACGGGAUCCCCGGCCGCCAACAUGGCAGCAGCCGGAGCCACCGGCAACAGCACGGUUGGCACACUUGCCGACCCAGGUACCGGAGCCUCUAAGAACUCUUCAGCGGCGGGGGCGGCUAGUGCGGGUGCUGGCGGCGACGGAGGCAACGGCUGCGGCGUGCCCGUUGCUGCCAUUGCCGGGGCCGCGGCAGGCGCUGCUGCUGUCGCCUUGGCGGCUGCAGUGGCGGUAGUGCUGCUGCUGCGCCGGAGGCAGCGCAUGCAGCAGCAGCAGGAUAGGGGCCACAGCGGUGACUGGAAUGCGAAUCCUGCAGCAGCGGCGGCGGCGAAAGAGGGGACCGGCGGACGCGUGGACCCUGCGGCCGCUAAUUUUGCGGCGGCCGCCGCUCGUGGUGGUCCAGGUGGCCAUAAGCAGCAGCAGCAGCAGCAAGCGGCAAGCAAGGCGCUUUCCGUCGUGAGGGUCUUCACAGUAGCAAGCAGCACCACGAGCGAUGACGCCAGCCAGCGGAGCAGCAUCAACAACUCAACUUGCUCCGCACCCCGGACGCACUACAAGUUUGGCAAGCUCUCUGAGCCCGCGAACCUGCACGCUGCCGGGGGCGCCGUCAUCCGCCCCGCAGAGGUGGGGCUCACGCUCCGGCCGCACCCUGCCCUGCCGCUGUCGCGUGCGUUUCACUUCCAGCGCACGCUCUCGCCCUCAGCCCCUUCCUCGGUGCGCGGGGUCGGCACCUCGGGCCCGUGCACAGCAGGCGGCUGCACAGACAGCCUGUCGACAGCGCUUAGCCAGAGGCUGGUCCGGUGCAACCUUGCAGGAGGCUCGGAUGCGCCCGACUCCGCCUUUUUCGGCACCCUGGUCAGCACCAGCACGAGCGGCAGCCACGCAUUGACAACAACCAUGCCGCCGGCUGCGCCGCCGUCUCAGCAGCGGGCCACUGAGGCGAUGACCACAGGCACAGCAGGCGCGGGGGCGGCGGCGGACACAGGCACAGCAGGCGCGGGGGCGGCGGCGGACACAACGGCGGCGGACACAGCCGCCGCCGCCGUCGCCGCCGCCCCCGCUCAGUGUAUGGUGAUGGGUGUGGUGUGUGACCCUCCCCGCGGUGGCGGUGGCGGCGCCAGUGGUGGUGGCGGCGGCGGCACCAGUGGCGGUGGCGGCGGCGGCGCCAGUGGUGGUGGCGGGGGCGGCGCCAGUGCUGGUGGCGGCGGCGGCGCCAGUGGUGGUGGCGGGGGCGGGGUCAGUGCUGGUGGCGGGGGCGCUCGUGCAGCUGUUACGGCGGGGGCGGCGGCCGUUGCAGGCGAGGCGCCGCCUCUGACUGCUGCAGCGCUGGGGCAGGUGCCCCUUUGGAGAGCGGAUAAGGCCCGCGGCGGUGUACCGACGACGACGGCGGUAGCGGCGGCGGCGAUGCACCACCGCCCCAGUGACCUGGAGUCGCGCCUUAGCGCCUACAUCCUGAGGGUCGACGGCGACCUGUGGGCCCAAGAGCCCACCGCCCAUCCAGCAGGCAAUGCGCCCCCUAAACGCAUUGAGACACGUCGGUGCCCGCCGCCGCCGCCUGCCGCCGCUGCCACCCGGGUCGCGGCCGAGCUCCCCAGCCCGCCGGUCGCGGGCGUCCGAGUCACAGGCACCGUUGCAGAGGAGGCCGAGACCGGACAGAAGGCUGAGGGGCCAGGCGAGGCUGCUGCUGCUGCUACCGGGUCAGGGCCGGCAAGUGCCUUCAGCUCGGGGCCUGCCAACGCCGAGCAGCGGGAUGAGAUACGCACGGCCAUUAGCCACAUGCAGGCCGAGCUGGCGGGUCGCCAGGGCGGCUGCUGGCAGGGCUUGCACAUCCAAGGGGUGCUGGGGCGCGGCGCGUUCGGCGUUGUGUACCUGGGCACGUGGCGCAACCUGCGCGUGGCCAUCAAGACACUGGUGGUGCAUGACGCACUGGCGGGCGGCAAGGCCCGGCAGCGGCACCGCGCCAUCAUCGAGGCCGCCAUCUCCAAGUCCCUGCAGCACCCCAACGUGGUCACCACCUACGAGGCGGAGGUGGUGCCGCUGGCGGUGAUGCCUGCGGCAGCGGCUGCCGCCGGUGCUGUGGUCCACACAACAACACAAGGAAAGCCGAUGGAGGGGCCGGUGGCGGCAGUGGCAGCUGCCGGUGACGACUAUUGUGAUGUGUACAAGCUUCUCAUCAUCCAGGCGCAUUGCAAUGUGGGGUCCCUUUCAGCGGCGUUAGACGCGGGCGUGUUUGGCAGCAUUGCGGACGGCGGCACGGGCCUGCUGUGUGGGCUGACGCUUGCGCUGGACGUCGCCUGCGGCAUGAGGCACAUCCACAGCCGCAACAUCAUCCACGGCGACCUCAGCGCCGGGAACGUACUGUUAUCAAGCUUCCGCGGUUCAAAUUUGGAGUACCACACGGAGCUACCCGCUGGUGCAUCCGCUACUUCUCCCACGGCCGAGGUGCCUGUCGGGGAUGUGCCAGCGGUGGCAGAGAGUGACGUGCAGCUGCUGCGGCCGCUGGCGGGGCUGUGGCGGCCGCCGGUGACAGCCAAGGUGUCGGACUUUGGGCUCAGUCUCCCCAUGGGCGAGAACCAGACACACGCCUCGAAUUGCUUCCAGGGCACGCCCGGCUACGCGGCGCCCGAGGUGCUCAGCCGCGGCCGCCUGUCCCUGGCGGCGGACGUGUGGUCAUUUGGUGUGCUGCUGCUGGAGCUGUGCCACGGCAUGCGGUUCAAACGCAUCAUCGCGCAGUGUGCGACAGCGGGAGGGAUGCCGCCGCAUCACCCCGCGGGCGAUGGCGGCCCUGGUGGUUCUGGUGUCGCGGGCGCCGCGGCGGCUUACGGUGCUGACGUGGCCACUGCGCCCUGGUGGGCGUCAGCGGUGCCUGCCACCUGCCCGCCGCAGCUUACGGAGCUGGUGUGGGCGUGCCUCAGACUCAGCCCCCCGGCGCGGCCCUCCUUUGACCAGAUCACUGCAAGCCUGGUGGCGCUUCUGCUUGCUGCGAACGGCGCCAUCCAGCCACACAGCAGUGGUCAUGAGUAGCGCUUGACGGCUGCGGCUGCGAGUGAGCGCUUCUGCAGGGCAGGUGUGCUGCCGAUGCAGCACCGGCCGCUGCGGCUACGAAGUAUGCAUGACCGGGCCCAAUCUCAUGUCAGCGCCCAUCAGUAAGCAUGACGCAUACGUAGAGACACACGCACACACAAGUGCUCGGCACCUGCCCACUCUCGGGAGCAGCCUUCCUCGCAUAAUUGUUUGUCAUGCCGGCGUGCCAUUGAGGAAAAUGGAGAUGAGAUGUUACCUGCUGUUUGUGGGUUUUGAGGGAGCAUUUCCCUUUUCCUUGUCACCGCGCGCUGUGCGUGUGUGAAGGUCGCCGUGGCAUAGCGUUGGCAAGCUUCUUCAUUCCUGCAGGCCACGAAGCUUGUUGCUCAUGAGCUGCGGCGUAAGUAUGGGUUUUCUUCAGGACUGCAAUGGCGGGCGAUACCGUGUGGCGCUGGAGGACCGUAUUGCGCUCGCUCGGCAGUCGAUGUGUGGCGAUGAGACUGUAGUAUGAACGCUGUUACACUUGAGCAAUCACGAGCACAAACAAUCAUGGGGUCGACAUCAUCAUAGCAUGCGGAGUGAUUGGAGGUCUCUCCCCUAGUGCGCACGGCGAUAAACUCUGGACCUCAUGGCCUGAAGGAAAGGUGCAGGAGCAUUCGUUCACGGGCUCAAAGGAGCACUGGAGCACACGCAACUUGCAUAAGGAGUAACAUGCAAUCAUACAGACGCGGUGAGCACAGGAGGGCUGUGCAUGGUUGGUAUGGAUGGCACAGUACGGUAUGCCGUCUAUCAAAUGGCACGCAAUGUAUUGAACUUGAUGAUACUGUAUGUGCAUUGGUGCACAACAGGCAGCAUGAACAGAAAUUCUUUCAUUGCACAUGGUAUUGGCAGGAAGUUCCUACGCUCCAUUCCUGAUGCGGACGCCCUGUCGCCCGCACCGUGAGGAGGCAGAGUGGUGUCCUGCAAUGUUGGUGGCCUGCUGCUGUCUUCGUUGGCAUUGCUGCCCCCCGGCGGCCUGCGCCGGGGCUAGCUUUGGCGGGCUGCUGCAUGCUCCGAGCUGAUUGCAGCAGGCGCAGCGCAGCACACGAGUGCAGCAUGCUAGUCAUGCAUAGGAUGGAUGGCAACGUGACUGUACUUGCAUGAAAGCUUGUCUGCAGUGUGCCGGGGCUCUUUCUUUAUGGUUCCAUUCUUGAUCAACGCGGAAGGUUUGGGGUUCAAAUGCUAGGUCGCUCAGUUUUGGGGGCAGGAGGUGACCAACAUCGCGGUACGACCCCGUGGGUGUGACGUGAUGUAUGCGACAAUGUAUAAUGUGAGAGUAGUAAAUGUAUGGUGUAAGAGUAGCAAUUGAACGGGUAAAUGGGCAUAUGCAAAUAACGGCUGUCCAGCGGUCGGACGCCAUGCGGCCAUGUGACUGACUGCUUGCGGUUCUUGGCUCCUGCCACGUACGCGCGCCACGCGGUAGUGCUGUACUUGUGCGGUAGUGUCAUCCAUGCCUGAGAAGGAGAAUUGAGGCCGGGCCUGUGUUAGGGCAAAGCAAUGUGAGGGCCGGUUCCAGGCAUGAGUAGGUAGGGCUGUGCAUGCAAACGGAGAUGGCGUCCUGGCGUCUGGUCUGCUCUGCUUGCAGCAUCAGUUGAUUGGGGCGGCCGGCAGAUGUGAGGAACUGGCUGGCUAGGAUGUGAGCAGUUAAGAGGCAGGGACCGUUGCCCAUUCAAUUUGACAGGUUUGACAGGUUGCACAGCACGGGGCAGCUUGAUUGAAGGCUAUUCCACUUUGAGCUGUCGCGCGUUCAUGCAGCUGAGGUUUUGCGCAGCUGGGUGCUGGAGGUGUUGGAGGCGGAGGCAACCCCGCCCCGUUCACAUGACAUGCCGUUCAGUCUGAGGUCUGUCGAUGAGGGGAGGCCGCUUCAGUGGCCGAUAGCCCCCAUGCGCCCCGCCACCGGCCCCAAGUGGGUGCAUUGGUACGAACGCAUAGGGCGAAGGCGGUCCCGUUGCUGGAUUGUGGCCGCUCCGUGCGGGUAGGGCGCGGCGCCUGGACGAGUGGGGGCCCAAUCAAGGGCUCAGAGACCAGGCAAGAUGGAAGUACCGCAGACGCAGCAAGCGGAUGCCUCUAAACCCAACAAGCAGAACUGGGCUUGCUCCAAAGCUGCGGUGCCACCGGCAAUGACACACUACCCGGCUUGCUGAGCUUGACGUUCCCCAAUGGAUGGGGCCAACCAGAUACUCAGACUGAUGGUUUUGGUCUACGGACAUCUUUACGCUUUGCCCAAGCCUCAAGGGACCCUGAUGUGGGCUUCGCCGACAGUCCUACUA